GCGGAUAUUUGCAAGUGUUGUCCGCAGUUUUCGCCGCUCAGAGUGACUCAGUUGUCCGCCGACAGUCCGUCAGGAUGGACGGUUAUAGUGGGUGGCUCGCUGUCACAGCUGCUCUGCUCUUGGCUAUUGUGUCUAGUGUCAAUGCAGACAGUGCAGACCGUUCAGCAGCGGCGCUGAUGUCAUGCGAGGUGUGUGGCUCUGACGGCGAGGUGGAGCGUGCAUUCGGCAGCGAGCGAUUCGAGGCAUGUCAAUCGGACCCGCAUGCACCCGUACACUCACACCGACAGUGCCCCCUGGGCUACAGGGCAUGCGUCACAAGGCUACAGGCGAAUGGUGGCGAAAUAGUGAGCAAAUCGUGUGCGGAGCGAGCAGUGAGUGGCUGUCACAACAUCAACCUGGACAUCUACUGCUACUGCACCCAACCAAACUGCAACGUCAACGCAAACCUGCCAAUCAGGGUCGUAUCCCUCCACCACAACCACGCCCACGAAUCGGACGAAGACGACGACGAUCAAGAAGGCAGUGCUGACGACAGUGGUCGGCCACACGUCACUACUUCUAGGCCUGUGGAGACCCUAGCAACUCCCAAGCAAAAGACCAGUGAUGCCAACUGUAACCACCAUACAUUGGUGGGCUUAUUUCUGUGUGUUAGUGUUGCUCUAAGGACGGUGCUGAGCUGACAGUGAUAGUGAUAAAUAUACACUGACCAUAAAUUGGUGGGGUAUUGUACUGUGAGUUAGUAUUGCUCUAAGGGCGGUACCAAGCUGGUGUUAAUGAAUAUUAACUGACAAACUUUGUCUGGGAAAGGUCAUUAAAAAUAAACAUUGACCCAAGACUGUAUUUAGCUGACAUUAAGGUACACUAGUUGGAUAUAAGCUGUGAUUGCUUAUAAGCUUAUACUUGCUUAUAAGCUUAUACUUGCUUAUAAGCUUAUAAUUAGCUUAUAAGCUUAUAAUUGCUUAUAAGCUGUUGGAUAUAAACUGAAGAUGGAACCGACUAGCAGGGCUACUGAUAGCAAAAAUGGGCAUUAGUAUCAUCAUUACAAUUGUAAUAAACACAAAAUCUAACUAAAAUUAUCAAGUGAUUAGUUGAUAUUGAUGGUGAUGUAAGUUUCAAAGUUGAUCUCAUGAUCUGGAAUAGGUCUGUAGAGAAAUUAGCAAUUUGACGAGGUGCUGUAUUUAGUUGAAUGCGAUAACACAAGAAUGGUUAUCAAUGAAAAUUUUGGAAACUGGAAUUUUCAAGUUUGAUUAUGAAAUUUAGUGGUACAGGUAAACAGUACAGAUCCUUCAAACAACAUACUGAAUUUAUAUAAUUAUCAGAAAAAAUUCCAAAUUGAAUGCUGUCAACCAACCCGAAGACUUCUGCUAAUACAAAUAUUGUCAACUGGGUGAAAUGAAAUAAAUUUUUAUUAUGCGGAGUUAGGACUUUUAAGUCCUCUCUACCAAUCAACCUUAACUCAACCUCUGUUCACGGGUGAACAGCUAGAAGGAAAAUCAAUGAGAGCUACUAUCCAAAAAUUAUUUCCAUCUGUAGGCUAGUUAGCUGAUAGUGAUUAUGACCAAAUACAGAACUAAUUAGGUACAUUGGAUUUUGGUGGACAAACUUGGUUGAGGCCUGUAUUAUGACUGUAUGGUGUACCUUUGAUUCAAUUCAACUGUGUUAUCAUUCGUGAAAACUUUUUAGUGAAGGGGAAAAAUGUCAAUGACAGUGAAAUACAUUAUUGUUUCAAACUUAAGAUAAAACGUAAGAUAGAAUUGAGGGAUUCAAAUUUAUAUAUUACCUACUCAAUUACAAUGACAGUGAAAAACAUUAUUGUUUAAAACUCAAAAUAAAACGUAAGAUAAAAUUGAGGGAUUCAAAUCUAGAUAUCGCCUACUCAAAUGAAUGAAUUGAAAAAUAAAUUUGGAGCUGAUCAAAGAGAAACUAUCAAUAUUUCAAAUCUGAUGAAUAACUAACUUCCACAUAACAAUUGUAACGGAUAUUCAUUCUACAAUAAUUGUAGAAAAUUAUUCAUAAUAACAAUCGGAUAUUCAUUCUAUAAUAUUGUAGGAAUCAAUUAUAAAAUUGAAUUCAUUCUACAAUUGUAACAGAUUAUCAUUUUAUAAAAAUGCGUAAUUCAAUCUGAGCUUACGUCAAAUUCAUAAUAAAACUUUCCAAACUACAUGUAUCACUAAUAAAAUUAGUAGAAUUGAUGGUGAUGUUGUGAAAUCUCUCCAUAAUAAUAAAAACAAAGAUAUUGUCAAAUUUCAUAAUCUGAAUAAUAAAAUUUGACAAUAUCUUUGUUUUCUUAUUACAUGUAUCACGUUUUGAAAAUAUAUUAAAACUCGCUUUUAGUAGGCUGACACAACUCAUCAAACAACAACAAAUUAGAAUCGUUAGUAAAGUUCAUCAUAUUCAUUACAUUAUUAAAUCAUGUCUAUCAACAGUAUUCUAGUGAGCUAUUUAUUAUAUUAUUUUGUAAAUACAACGUUAUUGUUAUUUUUUAAAACGUAAAAAUGAGAAUAAAGGACAUAAAAUUC